UCACGUUUUUACACUACACGCGUCGAUCGUACGUGCACGCAACAUUCCGGGUGUUGUGGAUUGGAAAGAUUAGAGUACUCUGUUGACCUUUUGUUAAAGUCGUUGGUUUGACGUAAUUUCAUAGCAAUCUUACACUACUUAUUCUUUUCUAAUGUAAAAAAAUCUCACUCUGAAGAGUUUCAACGACGAAACAGUAGCUAGGCCCCUAGGCUAGGCCUGAAUUACAUAAAAUAGCCAAUCGACAGCAGCACUCCACCACUGUCAGCGCUUGUGGGCUAGCCAGUCAGAGAAGUAGACAUGGAGAUAAACGAUUUUUCAAAACACAUUCCGUAUUUCACCCGUGGUGAAGUAGUGAAAGGUUUUGGAAGAGGAAGUAAAGAACUUGGUAUUCCAACAGCUAAUUUUCCAAUUGAAAUUGUAAAUGAUUUACCAAAGGACUUUCCCACAGGUGUGUAUUAUGGAUGGGGUUGUGUUAAUGAUGGGCAAGUGUACAAAAUGGUCAUGAGUAUAGGAUGGAAUCCAUUCUAUAAAAAUGAACAAAAAUCAAUGGAGACUCACAUUAUUCAUAAAUUUGAUGAAGAUUUUUAUGGUUCAACUCUAAGUUUAAUUAUUUUGGGGUAUAUACGCCCAGAAAAGAAUUUUAACUCUUUAGAUGAAUUAGUAGCAGCUAUAAAGUCAGAUAUAGCUGAGGCCGAAAGCCAGUUGGAUAAAGCAGACAAGAUUAUACAUCGAGAAAACAACUACUUCAAAGAGUUGAAAUGAGAGCAGAAUUUUGCAGACUGCAGCACACUAGCUUCCAAACACAGGCAUAUCUAAGUGUUUUGACAUGGGGUAGGGAGGCCUGAUCUGGGGAUCAACAGGAAAGUGAGGGGAUCUGAUCUGAUGGGGAUGCAAUAGGAGGGGAUAAAUAGAUGAAUGAGGUGAUGGUUUUUUAACCUCCUUUAUGUACUGUAAUUUUUUUCUGGCAAAUUUCCAUUUCAAUUGCAGAUCUGAGGACCAACAUUAUUUUUUUUUUAAAUUCUGGUGUUGGGGGUAGGGUAAAUGAUCUAUAUUGCCUUCCUUAGGUACAGGUAUGCCUUGUUGUAGGCAUACUGCAGUCCUCAUUGCUGACUGUGGUACACAAGCUUACAAUGUUUGUCAAGUUCUUUAUGCAGACUGCACCACACUAGCUUUUAAUAUAUGGGUCGAGUCCAUAAUGCUGAAUCUUUACCUGUUUAUGGGCUGGGCCUAGUUGUUUGCAUACUGUAGGCUGUAGUACAAUACAGUAGCUUUCACUAUGGUAUUUGUUAAGUGUGUAAUUCUGUAGGCAGAAUGCUAGCUUUCCAUAUUUAUUAAUCCAGUUCUUUAUACAGACAGUACACUAGCUUUGAAUGGUCCACUAAAAUGUUUCUAAUCUUGGGAAAAUUUCCAUAACAGAGUUGAUCUCCAGAAAAAUUUAACAAAGGUGAUUAAUGUCUAUGUUAUAAGAGUGUAGCUAAAGAUCUUUAUACACUACUGUACUAAGUUUUAUGUGGAGAUAUGUGUGAGUUGCCCAUGUGUGGGCAUCAUGAGGAUAGAUGUCAUAGUACAACCGCAUACUCUACGUAUAGACAAACCAUAUGUAUUUGUCACUGUAAACUAGAGUGUGUUGGAUUGGAUUGAAUAUGCAGUUGGUCCAUUUAGCCCAACAAUUUUGCUGAUCUAAAAUUGAGUUUCAGUAUAUGCUUCAUUAUAUUCCACAUUAUUUUUUUACUUUGAUUUCUGUUAAAGGUCAAAUCACAGAAGUGAUCUGAAAUUUUGUGGUUUUAAAUUUAAAUACAGUAUUGCAGAAUGCAUGAAAAUUAUGGAUGUUUCCUUAUGGAGUAAAUGUAAAGACUCACAACUUAAUCCCCCCCAAUAGUCAGUGUGUUAUUGCUUGAAAUCCAUGCUUCCAUAUAAAUCAACUCUUGUUGAAACAUAUGGUUGAUAAUCUUUAACCUCAGGUCUUUAUUGUCUCGGUAUUUAAGAGAACUAAGUACUGUAUUAUAAUGUUGGCAAUAUUUGUGGAUUAAAAUACUGCACUGUACAAUGGACUUGCAAUUUUG